AUGAGCGGAUGCAUAAAAUCUUUGCAUGAGAUUCUAAAUGAUGUCCCGAAUAAUGGUUGGAAAACGAUAUCUCAGCAUGUACUCUCAAACAUUACCUAUAUUUUUCGUUGGAUUAUACCAAUUGUUCGACCUGCUGGUGCCUCAUUUUUUCAACAAGCACAUUUUUACACGACAUAUGAAGCAUUUGCUUAUGAAUGGACAAUUAACUUCAUAGGGUCACCACACUGGCCUGAAAGGAAAACAGUCUGGCGCUUAUUUCUUGAUCACUGCAAAGUAUUUACUCAACCGACUCCAUUCGCAAUAGUAUUUAAGUUACAAUUGAUGAGAGGUGAAGAAUGCUCACCACAAAUUACAUCACUACCGGAUGCACAUCAUUCAACAUUUUCUUCCAACAGAAAUUAUCGUCUUUUUGAGGGAAAUCCAUUACUCGCUUCACUGACAGAAGCCUUCGGUAUUCAUUCACGAUGGCAAGGUGGCCGGGCAAUGCUUACGGUUGAAAUGAAUUUUGCGGCUAGCGAUUUUCAAAUACAAAUGAAUAAAGCUUUACCAAUACAAUCGUUCCUCAGAGACGGCGAUUUUCGCAAAAAGCUUAAAGAUAUUCAUCAAAACAUUGAGCCUGAUUUCACAUUCAAAACGUUGGAUGGCGAUAUUCUGUCAUAUAAAAGUUUGUUGUACAUAUCUUCGCCAUAUUUUCGUGAUUUAUUAAGCUCUGAUAAUAUUACAUUGAAUCAAAUCUCUCUGAAUUAUAAUCGUAAAGCCGUUUUACAGACUUUAUCUUACAUGAUCUUUGGUGCAUUUGAAUCAUCCGAAAUAGUGGAUCCACAGUUAAUACAACAAAUGCUAAAAUGUGCCAGACAAUUUCAACUGAAAAUAACACAAUUUGACGAUGAUAUUGGACGUGUACUAGUAUUUCAACUUUCCAAUAAUUUGGAUAAUUUGGAUGAAAUAAUCAAAAUAUUAUCAUUAACACAUCGGCAACAAUCAUAUUUUCAAGUGAAACGAAUGUGCAUUGCAAUGAUUGUUGAGAAGCAUUAUCGAAGAUUUGUCCAAGAAUACAAUAGCAAUGCAACUGGUGAGAAACUGAGUGCAUUUGACCUUUUAUCAACAGCAGUAGUACCCAGUUUAUCACCAAUUAAUCUCAUACAUACCAUACGCCAUGGUGGUACGGCAUGCCAACGAAUAUUGCACUAUAAGAAAUUUGACUGUUAA